CAUGCACAUUCUAACAAAGAAUAAAUAUAGUUAUGGAGAAAAUGUCUUCAUAUCAUCAAAUAGUUUGUUGCCAACAAAAAAAAGGUCAAAACACAUUAUUAUGGUCAUGUCAAAUCCCUUUGCCCUUAUAUAUACUCCAACUCUUUAAGCAAUGAGUAAUCCAUGAGUUGUAGUUUUUGGUUGAUCGACAACAAGAACAACAAUGGAACACUUCUUGUUUCGGUUGUUCAUGCAAUCUCUCUUGCUCUCCUCAGUGUUGUUAUGUGCUAGUGCUACUAACAUUACUCGUGACCGAAACGUUGUGGGUGACUCUCUUGUAAGCAAAAGAGAUCUAAUUAGAUUGACUAGGCAGAUUGAGGCUAUCUACCAAUUUGGUGACUCCCUUUCCGACACUGGCAACUACAUCCGAGAGGUCAAUGGGGAAGAGUCCACCUAUAGUAGGCUUCCUUAUGGCCAAAGCUACCACCCAACGGGUCGUGCCUCCGAUGGCCUUAUCAUGGUGGACUACAUUGCAAUGUUCUUCCAUCUACCACUGCUAAACCCAUAUCUUGCCAAAGGAAGCGACUUUAGACAUGGGGCCAAUUUUGCCGUAAUAGGUGCUACUGCUAAUGGCAAAUACAAUUCUUUGGGUAGACAGCUUGAUUGGUUUAAAUAUCACCUCAGGACUACUUAUCAUAAUUCAAUAGCAAUAAAAAGAAAACUACAAAAGUCAUUGGUGCUAAUGGGAGAGAUUGGAGGUAAUGACUUCAAUGGUCCUUUUAACCAAGGCAAAUCAAUAAAGGAGGUAGCUAAGCUUGUCCCCGGAGUUGUGCAAACCAUAAAAAAUGCCAUCGAGGAAGUGAUUAAACUUGGGGCUACUAAUAUUGUGGUGCCUGGGAACUUUCCUAUUGGAUGUGUGCCUCUUUAUCUUGCUAAAUUUGCCACAAAUGAUACCUCAAAGUAUGAUAAACUUUGGUGCUUGAAAGACUACAAUAACUUCGCAAAGUUCUACAAUAUAAAGUUGAUACGAGCCAUCAAGCAAUUGCAACAAAAGCACCCAGAUGUGGCAAUCGUAUAUGGAGACUACUAUUCUGCAUUGAUAUGGGUCAUUGCUAAUGCUCAACAAUUAGGGAUUGAGCAGGAUGACACCAAAAAGGCUUGUUGUGGAUAUGGUUAUAACCCUUAUAAUUUUGGCACAACUGGUUGUGGCAGUCCUGGAUCUCCCAUUUGUCAAGACCCUAGUAAAAGAAUAAGCUGGGAUGGAAUUCAUUUGACUCAACAAGGAUACAAAGGAGUUGGGGACCAAUUACUAGAACAAUUCGUGCCCGUACUUGAAAAACAAAUUCGAAGACGAUUGAGGAAACCUAUUAGGUAAAAACCUAAGAGACAAAUCAAAUGAUCUUAGGUGAUGUUAAAACGAUUCAGAGAAGACAAAAGGGGUCCAUCUUUACUUAUUUUAUGCUCAACCAUCUCUUGGCAACAUUUAGUACACUUGGUAUAUAUUGCUACUUGAGAGUUUUACACAAUGGUUGAAUUCACCUUUAUAUAUAUAUAUGCUGAAAUUGAUGAUAUAUAAAAUUAUACUCAUAUAAUAUAGUAUACAAGUAUUUAUCUAGCUUGUACAAUCACCCUUUGCAUCAAUUUUGUUAUACGAGUAUAAUUAUACAUUUUACGAAUAUAGUAGUCUUUACAAUUCGGCUUA